UUCAGAGGCCAAACAGAGCAAAAACAGUUUUAAAAGAGGAAAACAUUUGCAGAAGAGCUUUUGAAGGAUUCUUAGCUGUUCUUCUAGACAAAAAGAAAACAGUGAAUCAGAGGUUGUCCUGACAGUAAGUCAAAUUGCAUUCCACUUUGCAUGAGUUACUAGUCACCUUCUCUCUCCACGAACAGGAGAAAAUGAUUAAAAAAAAGAUAAGUGUGUAUCAACAAACCCAGGCCCUUUUAUACAAGAAUUUUCUUAAAAACUGGAGAAUGAAGAAAGAGAGCCUAUCGGAAUGGACCAUAGCAUUGCUUGUGGGGCUAUAUCUGUGCAUCUUCUCAGAAUCCUUCAGAGCUACCCAUCUUCCUGAGCAACCUCCUCAUAUCCUGGGACGUGUGGAUGAAUUUAAUGACUCUGACCUGGUGGUGGCAUACACCCCAGUCACUAACAUGACCCAGAGGAUAAUGGAGAAGAUGUCUUUGGCUUCGUUUAUGAAAGGAAGAAAAACGCUUGAGGUUGUUGAGAAAGAAAUGAUGGAUACAGUACUUUCAGAAAGCCAUCAUGAUGUGGUGGGAGUUGUGUUUCAUGAUAUUUUUUCAUAUCAGCUGAAGUUUAAUUGGGAAUAUAGAGUCCCAGUUAGAGAAGAACACGCUGAACACUCAGAACACUGUUGGUACAUGCAUGAUGAAAUUUCUUGUUACGUGACAAGAUACUGGCAACAAGGAUUUGUGGCUUUUCAAACUGCAAUUAAUGCUGCAAUUAUAGAACUCACAACAAACCAUUCUGUGAUGGAGAAGCUGGCAUCAGUUAUUGGAAUAAAUAUGAGGACGCCAUCUUUCAUUUCUAAUGGAGAAACUGUAAAUACGUGGUUUAUUUUUGUUUGUAUAGUUUAUUUCUCCUCUAUUGUAUACUUCACGUCAUUAAAUGUCACGAAGGAGAGAAAGAAGUUUAAGAAGCUAAUGGCCGUGAUGGGCCUCCGAGAGUCCGCAUUCUGGCUCUCCUGGGCAUUAGUGUAUGCCGGCUUCGUAUUUAUCCUGUCAAUUUCUAUGGCUCUGAUCAUAACAUUGAUCAAAAUUGUAGUGAUCGUUGGCUUCAUGGUAUUAGUCACGCUCUUUGUCCUGUAUGGCCUGUCUUUGAUAGCAUUGGCUUUCCUCCUGAGUGUGCUGAUAAAGAAACCUGUCCUUACCGGUUUGGUUGGGUUUCUUUUCACUAUAUUUUGGGGAUGUCUGGGAUUCACUGUAUUGUACAGACAACUUCCUUCAUCUUUGGGAUGGAUCUUGGGUCUUUUUAGCCCCUUUGCCUUCAUUGCUGGAAUGGCUCAGAUCUCACACAUGGAUUAUUACCUGAUCGAUGUUACUUUUCCUGAUCCAUCCGGGGAGUCACAUGUGGUGAUGGGUACUUUCUUCAUUUUGGCACUCGACACUCUUCUCUAUCUGAUACUAAUGUUAUAUUUUGAACGAGUUUUGCCUGAUGAAGGUGGCCGCCGGCAUUCACCGUUGUUUUUCCUAAAGUCUUCAUUUUGGUCCAAACAUCAAAGCACUCAUCACAAAGUCUUUGAGGACGAAAUCAAUCCUGAGCAUUACCCUGAUGACUCUUUUGAACCAGUGCCUCCAGAGUUCCAUGGAAAAGAAGCCAUAAGAAUCAGAAAUGUUAAAAAAGAAUAUGAUGGAAAGCCUCAAAAAGUACAAGCAUUACAAGGCAUAUUUCUUGACGUCUAUGAAGGGCAAGUCACUGCAGUACUUGGGCAUAACAGAGCUGGCAAAUCAACGCUGCUGAACAUUCUUAGUGGCUUGUCUGUUUCUACGGAAGGAACAGCCACUAUUUAUAAUACCCAACUUUCUGAAAUAACUAACAUGGAAGAAAUUAGAAUGAACAUUGGAUUUUGUCCACAAUUCGAUAUUCAAUUUGACUUUCUUACUGUGAGAGAAAACCUUAGGCUAUUUGCUAAAAUAAAAGGGAUUCACUCCAGGGAAGUGGAACAAGAGGUGAAAAGAGUUAUAAUGGAAUUGGACAUACAAAACAUUCAAGAUGUCAUUGCUAAAAAAUUAAGCGGUGGACAAAAGAGAAAAUUAACACUUGGGAUUGCCCUUUUAGGGGAUCCUCAGGUUUUGCUGCUGGAUGAACCAACUGCUGGACUAGAUCCUUCUUCAAAGCACCGAGUUUGGAACUUCCUGAAGGAACGGAAAACAAACCGUGUGAUCCUUUUCAGUACCCAGAUCAUGGAGGAGGCUGACCUCUUGGCUGAUAGGAAAGUGGUUCUGUCUAACGGGAAGCUGAAAUGUGCAGGGUCAUCUUCGUUUCUGAAGCAAAAAUGGGGUGUUGGAUAUCGUUUAAGCUUACACAGGAAUGAAAUGUGUGAUCCAGAGAGAAUCACAUCCCUCAUUAGGCGGCACAUCCCUGAGGCCAAGUUAAGAGCAGAAAGUGAAGAGAAACUUGUGUAUCUGUUGCCCUCGGAAAGAACAAACACGUUUCCAGAUCUUUACAGUGACCUUGAAAAGUGUUCUAAUCAGGGCAUAAUGAAUUAUGAUGUUUCCAUGACAACUCUGAAUGAAGUUUUCAUGAAUCUAGCAGGCAAAUCAACAAUUGACGAGCCAGAGUUUGGCAUUCGGAAACAGGAGCAAGUCAGUGAGCCAAGGGAUGCUGGAACUCAGUCUGAAAUGCAACAGGGUCCUUGUUCUCCUCCUGGAUGGAGAGAGGCCGUCAGCACCGCAACUCUCUGGAGACGACAGGUGUGUGCAAUGGCCAGGCUUCGCUUCUUAAAGUUAAGACAUGAGAGGAAACCUCUUUUUUCCUUGUAAGUAUCAGACUGCUUUAUUUUUUUAAGUCUUUCCCAUGAUAUUCUGGUAUUCCUUAAUGUGAGAAGAAAUCAUUGCUAUUUGAAAGCUGAGAUGUUGGUUUUCUCUCUGUUAUUCUGCCUUCCCUCAUUGAUUGCAUCAGGAUCAAACAUUGAAGACCUCGUGCAGGCACUGAAGCGUCAGGAUAUACUUUUGGAAGUAGAUGAUUUUAGAAAUAGAAAUGGUUCAGAUGAUCCUUCCUACAAUGGAGCCAUUAUAGUGUCUGGUGACCGGAAGGAUUACAGAUUUUCAAUUGCAUGUAAUACCAAGAGAAUGACUUGUUUUCCUGUUCUUAUGGGAAUUGUUAGCAAUGCCCUUCUUGGAAUUUUUAACUUCACAGAGCUUAUUAAAACAGAGAGAAGCUCAAUACCUUUCAAUGCCGUCUUAGUGCAAUUUGGUUCUAUGAAUGGGCCCUUAAUUUUGUUGGUGCUUGGAAGCUGCCUUUCUCCUUACAUUGGCAUGAGCAGCAUCAACGAUCACAAACUAAAAACUCAGUCUCAGUUAUGGAUUUCAGGCCUGUGUCCCUCAGCAUACUGGAUUGGACAGGCUCUGGUGGACAUUCCUUUGUUCUUCUCGAUUCUUCUUUCAGUGUAUUUAAUUAACUGCAUCAUGGUUUUGGGACUCAAAUUUCCACCAAGACUCAUGUUUGUUCUUGUGGCUUCCAUAGUUGGUUCUUCAGCUUCUCUUAUAUUCUUCACGUAUAUGAUUUCAUUCAUCUUUCGCAAGAGGGGAAAAAAUAAUGGCCUUUGGUGUCUUGGCUUUUUUAUUAUUUCAAUAUUUUUACUCAUCAUCCAAUCAACAGGCGAAUCUGAAGAUCCCCUUGUAAUUUUAAGCAUGAUUUUAAUGCCUUUCUACACUUUAUUUAGAUUUUUUAUAUUUUUUAUGGAGGUAUUUUAUGUGUAUAAGAGAAGCUUGGAAAGUGUGGAUGAUGAAAUAAAGGAAGGCAAUCAGAGCAUUCUCUUAACAGCCUUAAUACCAUACCUUCAGAGUAUCAUUCUCCUUUUUGUUAUACGGUGUCUGGAGAUGAAAUAUGGGAAAGAAACAAUGAGGAAAGAUCCAGUCUUCAGGAUCUCCUCAAGAAGUAGGGAAAAUCAUCCAAAUCCAGAAGAACCAGAAGAAGAAGACGAGGAUGUCCAAGCUGAAAGAGUGAAAACAGCAAAUGCAGUCACUGCUCCAAACCCUGAUGAGAAACCACUCAUAAUGGCUAGCUGUUUACACAAGGAAUAUAAAGAAAAAAAGGAACGUUGCUUUUCAAGAAGAAAGAAGAAAAUAGCCAUUAGAAACAUCUCAUUCUGUGUUAACAAAGGUGAAGUUUUGGGAUUGCUGGGACACAAUGGAGCUGGGAAAAGUACUUCUAUUAAAAUGGUAACAGGAGACACGAAGCCAACUGCAGGAAUGGUGGUUUUAAAAGGCUGCAGAAUAUCACCAAGGCAACCGGAAGAUGACACCCUGAAGUUUUUUGGAUACUGUCCUCAGGAGAACUCACUGUGGCCCAGUCUUACAGUGAAAGACCACCUGGAGCUGCACGCAGCAGUGAAAGGAAUGGGCAAACCGGAGGCGGCGCUCAGUGCUUCCCGAUUGGUGGAGGCUCUCAAGCUUGAGGAAGGACUUAAAGUGCCCGUGAAGGCCUUAUCCCAAGAAGUAAAGAGGAAGCUGUGCUUCGCGCUGAGCAUCCUGGGAGACCCGUCAGUGGUGCUGCUGGAUGAGCCGUCCACUGGGGUGGACCCCGAGGGGCAGCAGCACAUGUGGCAGGCAAUUCAGACCAUGGUUAAAAACACAGAAAAGGGUGUUCUCCUGACCACCCACUCCAUGGCAGAGGCGGAGGCUGUGUGUGACCGCGUGGCCAUCAUGGUGUCCGGAAGGCUGAGGUGUAUUGGUUCCAUUCAACAUCUGAAAAGCAAGUUUGGUAAAGAUUAUAUUCUAGAAGUAAAAAUAAAGGACCCCACUCAAGUGGAGCCUGUCCACAUGGAGAUUCUGAAGCUUUUUCCACAGGCUGCUCGACAGGAAAGAUACUCCUCCAAGAUGGUAUAUAAACUACCUGUGGGAGAUGUUCGCCCUCUGUCUCAGGCCUUUUCCAAACUAGAGGCAGUGAAACAGACCUUCGACCUGGAAGAAUACAGCCUCUCUCAGGCUACCUUGGAACAGGUAUUCUUAGAACUCUCUAAAGAACAGGAACUGGGAAAUCUUGAUGAUGAAGUUGAUUCAACAGUUAGAUGGAAACUCCUCCCACAAGAAGAGCCUUAAAACCCCAAGUCUCCUAACAUUAGGUUUUAGGUCCUACUACAUUGUUAGUUUCCAGAAUUCUAGAGCAAUCUUCCAUAUUACCACAGGUAACAAACAAACAAAAACAUUCAGUAGUUUAAACGUCAAUAAUGAUUAAGAAUUUGAAUGGCUUUUAAAAUCCUACAAUGGAAGGGAGAGGCAAAGAUAGGGAAAGAGAGUGGGCACUAACAUAAUCAGACAUACUAAUCACGGGUAAGACCUUUUUUAUGCUCAAUACCAACUCAAAAGUCACAUAAUGUUAGUCCAGUUUUUUGUUAUUUUCAAUAAGGCUAGAUGCUGGACACAUUUUAUGAAUAAAACACUAUGUUUUUUAACCAGAACUUUAAAUAUAUCAGCUCUUUUUAAAGCUUUAUCUACUCAAAUGCCAAUUUAAUAUAAUAUUGACCAUAAGAUGAUUUAAUAAGUUGAUGGAUGAAAUUACACAGUAUGACCUUUAAAUGUAAUUAUACUUUCUGUUUAUAAGGUAAAUGUAUGCUCAUUUAAGGAUAUAUAGAAAUUAUGUUGACAGAGAUAAUAGUAAUCUAUAGUAAAACACCAGCAUAAAUAUUUUAGCUACCUAUCAUCAAGGCUCUUUUUAUGAGGACCUUCUCAAAGUUGACGUCAGUGGCAUGGUAUUUCCCUUAUCAUUGUAAUGGCUUUGGGUUACGGAAUAGCUUCACUGAAUUCCUUAGAUGUACUAUCAUGGUUUUUACUUAACCUUUUUACUAUUAUCUGACAUUUUUUGUUAUAUACUAGUUUACCUUAUAAAUAAAGCCGUGACAAACUUUU